CUAUUUCUUCCACAAUCAUAUGUUUCUCAGCGGCUUUUCCUUAAAACAUGAUUCCCAAUUAUUUGAAUUAUUAUUUUAAUUUAUCGAUUGUUUAUUUUUGACACUUCAAGGUUAUAAUUUUUUGUUGAAUUAAUUUACAAUUUGUUUUGAACCAUCUAUUUUAAAUUCUAUCCAUUUUUUUACGUUGGUAAUAAUCAUUGUUACGUACUCGUUUUUAGCAGCUGUGUAAUUUAGUUUCAGAUUAACUUUUGGUCUUCUAAUUGAAAAUGGUUAUCUACUUUAAAAGUGAAAUCGUUUCUCCGCCGAUGGUCAUUUACAUGGGUGUUGACAAGUAUGAAAAUGAAGAACUGAUAAAAUGGGGUUGGCCUGAAGAUGUUUGGUUUCAUGUGGACAAAGUAUCAUCAGCUCAUGUUUACCUUAGAUUAAGGCCUGGUCAAACUUUGGAUGAUGUACCUAGUAGUGUUCUUGAUGACUGUGCUCAACUAGUUAAAGCCAAUUCAAUUGAGGGAAAUAAA